AUGGAAGAAUAAGCAACAGUUGAGAAUGUGAUAAUUGAAGAAAAGAUCUCAAAAUCUAAUGGAGAUGUCAUAAUAAAAAGAUAUCAAAGAGGAAAGACAUUGGGAAAGGGUGGAUUUGCAAGAUGUUAUGAGAUUACUGAAAUAGAUACAAAAAAAGUAUUAGCAGCGAAGAUAAUUUAAAAGAAUACUUUAACUAGGAACAGAGCAAGAUAGAAAGUAAGUUAGUGAUACAUAUGGUUUAGUUGAUAUCAGAAAUCAAAAUACAUAAGUCGUUACAUUAAACUAACAUAGUUUAAUUUAUACAUGUAUUUGAAGAUCAUGACAAUGUUUAUAUAAUACUAGAAUUAUGUACUAAUUAAGUAUAAAUAUGAUGAUAUCAUCAAAGACAUUAAAUGAGUUAAUAAAAAGAAGAAGAAGAAUAACAUAAUUAGAGGUCUAAUGCUAUAUAUUAUAAUUGGUCAAUGCACUUAAAUAUCUUCAUUAAAACAAAAUUAUACAUAGAGAUUUAAAGUUAGGGAACUUAUUUUUAAAUGACAAAAUGGAAUUAAAAUUGGGUGAUUUUGGAUUAGCUACAAAAUUAGAUUUUGAUGGAGAAAAGAAAAAAACGAUAUGUGGUACUCCAAAUUACAUAGCUCCUGAAAUUUUAGAUGGAAAAAUUGGACAUUCUUAUGAAGUAGAUAUAUGGUCUUUGGGUGUUAUAAUUUACACUCUACUGAUAGGAAAACCUCCAUUUGAAACUUAAGAUGUUAAAACAACAUAUAAGAAAAUAAAGGCAUGUUAAUAUACAUUUCCUGAUCAUGUAGUAAUUUCAGAUAAUGCCAAAAAUUUGAUUACAAAAAUGUUAAUUCUUGAUCCAAGUAAAAGACCUACUUUAGAAUAAAUAUUAUAACAUCCAUUUAUGACAUCAAAUCCAAUUCCAAAAACUGCUCAUAUUUCAACUUUAGUUGGACCUCCUUCAAUGUCAUGGUUAUCAUAAUAUUAAUCUACUUAAUCAUCUUCAUCUCAAUAAAAAAGAUUAGCUGAUACAGCUCCUUAAUAAUUAAUGAAAGUUAUAAGUUAAGAUAGAGUAUCACUUUUGAAUGAUGCUCAAACUUAAAAUAAUUUUAUGAAAGAUUCUCGAGCAUCCUCUUAAAAAUUAGUUGAUAUGAGAGCUACAUAAUAAUCAGCUAAAACAUUACCUACAGGAAUAACCAAUAAUAUUAUUAAUAAUGUAAUUCAUUUUAUUUAAUUAUUUAUUAGAAAACAUUUAAAAUUUAAAGAAAUGAAAUAUUUGUUAAAAAAUGGGUAGAUUAUAGUAGUAAAUAUGGAUUAGGAUAUUUAUUAAAUAAUGGAAGUAGUGGUGUCUAUUUUAAUGAUUCUACUAAAAUUAUUGCUGAUCCUAAAUAAACUUAUUUUGAAUAUAUCGAAAAAUAAUCUGAUAAUUAAUAAUAUGAAGUUAAUUCAUAUUCAUUAAAUGAUUAUCCAAAAGAUUUAUAAAAAAAAGUAACAUUGCUUGAACAUUUCAGAGGAUAUCUUGAUACUGAUACUACUGAUAAAGAAGUUAUUGAUUAAUCUGAUGAUAAUAAAAUUCCUAUGGUUUAUGUCAAAAAAUGGAUGAAAACUAAACAUGCUGUAAUGUUUAGAUUAUCUAACAAGGUAGUUUAAGUUGAUUUCACUGACAAAACCAUCAUUAUUUUAAAUUCAGAUACAAAAUCAGUCACCUACAUUAACAAAAAAGGAGAAAGACAAAAUUUUCCUUUGAGCACUGCUCUCGAGUCAUAAAAUCACGAAAUGACGAAAAGGUAAUUCAUUCUAUUAUUAUCUCUAGACUUAAAUAUACAAAAGAAAUUUUGUAACAUAUGUUAUAAGGAACGCAAGCUUAAGUAAUUAAUACCUAACUUACUCUAACUAAUUGGAAUUAAAAAUGA